AGGCUCCGCCAGCUUUCUCGCUCAAUCCUUCAGCUUCUCUAUUCGCCGAGUUCUCACAGAGUCUCAGUAAAUACCGCGAGACCAUGCUGUCCGAGCUCGAGUGCGGGAUCUGCUUCCGGCUUUACGACACUGCCGCUCGCUGUCCACGACAGCUGGCUUGUAAACACAGCUUCUGUGAGAGCUGCUUACUGACGCUCAGUGUGUGUCAGUCUGGAUCUCGGAUGAUCAUCUGCGCUUUCUGUAGACACAGCACCCCUCUGACCGGGGAGAAACUCAGAGACAGCCUCCCCGUGGACGAGGACACUGUGCACCGCCUGGAGGAGGAAGGUGUCCAUGGAGACCAGGAGGAGGAUGAAGAGCCGAGGACUGAGACAAUCAGCCAGUCCAAAGAAGGUCAUUCCCCCAGAGGACGAGUGUGGAGGUCCAUCAAGCGUCUGUACAAGAAAAUAAAACAACCGAGUCAGCGAGGCUGUAUUACUCAUGAUGAAAUGAGAGAUCUGGCCAUAAUGGCUUACUUCAUGAUGUAAAGAGCCUGGACUGAUGAACCUGGCCUAUUGGACACAAACCAAUGAUGGGUUGGUGCAUGGAUCAUUCCUUUCAGAACUAUCUGAAAAUCCUGGACUCUUUCCCCAGCAGGCUACAUUGAGAGAAGUGAAAUGCAGGCAUAAAUAAAUAAAGUGUUAAUAGCGGGGAGCAUUAAGUUUCUAACUUAUGAUAACUUGAACUGCCUUGUAUUGAAUGUUUUAUGUAUUCAAUGUUUUCAUACUGUGAAAUAUUUGUUAUAAUUAUAUGUUGGACAGCAGGUGGGGUGUUUUUUUGGGAGACUUGCACUCUGACUCAAAUGCCAAGUAAUUUAUAACAAAACAUGAAUUCUAAUUAGUAUUAACUUGUUAAUUUGGCUGCAUGCUUUAUAUGUGUGUAUAUAGUCAUUUGUAUUUAUUAUGCUAUUAUAUUUCAUUCUCUAAGAUUUUUUGUUUUGUUUUUCCAACCACGUAACUUGUAUUUAAAUUGUUCUGAGAAAGAACAGCUGUGUGUGUGCACGUGUCACAGGGAAUACUGAAUAUACAUUUGAGUAACAUUUUAAAAAAAAAAUAAAGAUUUAUAUGAAAAAUA